CAUGACAUCCGGGAGAGCAAGUUUGGAAACUCGUCUGCUACCACGUCCCUCUUUCCCUCCUUAAGUUAUAGAAUAGAAUAGCGUUACAAUUUUCGUAACAAAUUUGUUUCCAGGAAGAAAUAAUUUUACGAUUCAACGAAAAUGAUUGGCUCAAGUAAUCACCAGAAUCAUUCUGACCCCCGUCGUGCCGACCGGGAGCGCAGAUACAAAGCCCCAGUGAUCAAUUCUCAGGUUCCCAGCCCUGGGGAAGAUAUGACACCUGACUACACUAAUAUUUUGGGAAUGAUCUUUUCGAUGUGUGGUCUAAUGAUGAGACUGAAGUGGUGUGCUUGGGUAGCCCUCUACUGUUCAUGUAUAAGUUUUGCCAAUUCCAAAGUCAAUGAUGAUACAAAACAAAUUCUCAGCAGUUUCAUGUUGUCAAUCUCAGCUGUUGUUAUGUCGUAUCUACAGAAUCCUCAGCCUAUGACUCCACCUUGGUCCUCCGUUUUUGGUUAAUUAAAACUAAUUGCUUUUGAUACCCAAAUUUACAUCCCCCAAAGACGCCCUUCCUAUUCAUAACAAUCAUACCAUUAAUAUGUACACAACACAUUCAUUUAAAAUAAAAAUUUAUAUUCAUACUA